GUUCGAUCAGUAAGUUCCCGCCAAAACAGUUUUGUUUAGAAGUAGUCAACGGCUUAUUUGAUGCUGAUUUUAUUUAUUUGAAAAUUGGAUUAAUAAAGAUUUAAGAAAUGGAUGCACAAACCUUCGAUCAAAAUUUGCAAGAUGCGUUAAGGGAAUAUCUAGAUUUCUUAGACGAUGAGGAAGAUCAAGGAAAAUAUGCCCAGCUAGUUAAUGAUAUGGUCGCAGAGAAAAACAGAAGAUUGCUGGUGAAUAUCAACGAUUUAAGAUCGAAAAAUCCCACCAGAGCCAGAAAUUUGCUCACGAAUGCAUUCGAAGAAUUGCUUGCUUUUCAAAAAGCUUUAAAAGAGUAUGUUUCUAGAUCAGACAGUGAGUUUACUAAGAACAAUGAAUUUUUCAUUGCGUUUGAAGGAAGUUUUGGUAAUAAUCAUGUAACCCCACGUACGUUGACCUCUAGAUAUCUUGGAAAUUUAGUAUGCUGUGAAGGAAUAGUUACAAGAUGCUCCCUGAUUCAUCCCAAAAUUGUGAAAAGUGUGCAUUAUUGUCCAGAAACUAAAAAAGUUAUGGAAAGGAAAUAUGCUGAUUUAACAUCACUUGAAGCCUUUCCAUCAUCAGUAGUUUAUCCAACUCAAGAUGAAGAUGGAAAUUUGUUAGAAACUGAAUAUGGUCUUUCACAGUAUAAGGACCACCAAACCUUGUCCAUUCAAGAAAUGCCAGAGAAGGCCCCGGCAGGUCAAUUACCUAGGUCUAUAGAUAUCAUUUGCGAUGAUGAUUUAGUAGACAAAUGUAAACCUGGGGAUAGAAUUCAAGUUGUUGGAAACUUUAGAUGUAUGCCUAGUAAACAAGGAAGUUAUACAAGUGGGACAUUUCGAGCUGUUAUAAUUGCUAGCAAUAUUACCCAAAUCAGUAAAGAAGCAACUUUAUCUAUUUCAAGAGAUGAUAUUCUGAAGUGUAAAAAGUUAGCCCAAUCCACUAAAGAUAUAUGUGGUUUACUUGCCAAGUCAUUAGCACCUUCUAUCCACGGACAUGAUUUUAUCAAGAGAGCUAUUUUGUGUCUUCUUUUAGGAGGAGUAGAGAAAAAUUUACCCAAUGGAACAAGGUUGAGAGGGGAUAUAAAUGUUUUACUUAUAGGGGAUCCAUCAGUUGCUAAAUCGCAACUCUUAAGAUAUGUUUUAUGUACAGCCCCAAGAGCAAUUCCAACCACUGGAAGGGGGUCAUCUGGUGUAGGUCUCACAGCUGCUGUAACUGUAGACCAGGAGACAGGAGAAAGAAGAUUAGAAGCUGGUGCUAUGGUUCUCGCAGAUCGUGGUGUAGUAUGUAUAGAUGAAUUUGAUAAAAUGUCAGAUAUUGAUCGAACAGCAAUCCAUGAAGUAAUGGAACAAGGAAGGGUGACAAUUGCGAAAGCUGGUAUUCAUGCUAGCUUGAAUGCUAGAUGUUCUGUUUUAGCAGCUGCAAAUCCUGUUUAUGGGAAAUACGAUCAAUAUAAAACCCCAAUGGAGAAUAUUGGUCUUCAAGAUUCCCUACUGUCUCGUUUUGAUUUGUUGUUUGUGAUGUUAGAUACAGUAAAUGAAGAUAGGGAUCUGGUAAUAGCAGAUCAUGUAGUUAGAAUGCAUCAAUAUAGAAGUCCUCUUGAACAAGAUGGUGAAGUGUUACCUAUGAAUUCCAAUGCAGAUAUGCUGAGUACAAAUAAUCCUGAUGAAACAGAAUUAGACAAAGAAACUCCCAUGUAUGAACCAUAUGAUGCUUUAUUGCAUGGAGGUUCUCGAAAGAAGUCAGAUAAAAUUUUAAGUGUAGAAUUCAUGAGGAAAUAUAUACAUUUUGUGAAAAUUUUGAAACCAACUUUAACCGAAGAAGCUUCUAAAAUAAUUGCCAGUCAUUAUGCUUCUCUCAGAUGUGAGGAUUUAUUAGAAAAUGAUGUGGCAAGAACUCAACCAGUUACCCCCCGUACUUUGGAAACAAUGAUUCGUUUGUCAACAGCACAUGCCAAAGCAAGAAUGUCAAGGGAAGUCACUGCAAAAGAUGCAGAAGCUGCUAUUGAGUUGAUUCAAUAUGCGUACUUCAAGAAAAUAUUGGAGAAGGAAAAGAAAAAGAGGAGGCGUCCUUCUGAAGGUUCUGAUGAAGAAGAAGAAGCUGAUAGGCGUACCAAACGGUCUAGAAUUCCAGUUGAUACUGAACGUGUUGAAGAAAUACUUUCACAACCAUCUACCCAGGGUGAUUUCGUAGAAAUAUCUUCAAGUAAUGCUGAAACAGCACAUGAGGAGACUCCAAUGGAAGUAGAUACUAAUAGUACCAUUGCUGAUGACCGCUUUUUGACUUUCAAGACAAGUUUAAAUAAUAUAUUCAAAGAACAAAGAACCCAGUCGCUACCUUUAACUCGAAUCAAGGAAAGCUUAUCUUCUCAAUCAACCACAGUGUUCUCAGAUGGAGAAAUACGUGCUGCUAUUGAACGCAUGACAGAUGAUAAUCAGAUCAUGAUGUCAGAUGGAAUUGUUUUCCUCAUUUAAUUAGCAUUGUCUGAAUAUUCUAGUUUCUGUAGGAUGAAAAUUACAUUUUAUCUUAAAUUUAAGAUUUAUAGAUUAAGUUUUUAUUUUCAAUAUAUUUAUGAAUCAUU